UUCCAUUUCCAAACACAAACACACAUAAUACGUAUAUAUGUCACUACUAAACAUAUAAAGGAAUAUGAGAAUCAGCUGCAAUGGGUGUAGAGUGCUACGCAAAGGUUGCAACCAAGAUUGCACCAUAAGACCAUGCCUUCAAUGGAUCAAAUCCGCAGACUCUCAAGCCAAUGCCACACUCUUCCUAGCCAAGUUCUAUGGUCGAGCCGGUCUUCUUAACCUCAUUGAAUCCGGUCCUGAUCAUCUUCGUCCCGCAAUAUUUAGGUCACUUCUGUACGAGGCUUGUGGUCGGAUCGUGAACCCUGUAGAUGGUUCGGUUGGUUUGAUGUGGUCAGGGAACUGGGCUCAGUGCCAAGCAGCUGUUGACGCCGUGCUAAACGGCUUACCUAUAACUCACACACCUCUUCCAAGUGCAUCCGCGUCCCACCAGAUCAUUCCUCCUCACAGGACUUACGACAUACGCCACGUGGCUAAAGAUCCAACAACCGGCGGCGACAGUUCUGAGAAUCUAGCCACACGUGUAAACGCUAACAAGAGCAAGACACAAGCUGGCCGAUUCAAACGUGAAUCCGUGAACCAACUAGGUGAAUGUAGUCAUGACACGUGGCAGCUCCAAAGUUCUAGUGCUGCGCAUGGCUAUGGUCACUUCACGUUGGAGACUGUGGAGAGCGGAAGGGAAGCUCCAUUUAAUCAAAGUUCUUCAAAUCUUGGGUUUGAUGAUCAAGUCGAUAUCAACGAGGUUGGCUUAGAGCUCAGACUUGGUUAGAAAUUUGGACCAAGGACAAAAAUAGAUAGCGUUAUUAUCAUAAUUCUGUCUUUUUAAUUAAUAAUUUCACUUUUU